GCCAGGACUGCUCAAUCGGUCGACACCCGACUUGUCGCCCGACUGACGUGACGUUAGCACAGGCGCCUUUACUGCUCUGCGUGUGCCUUAUUCUGCUUUUGAACACACACGCGCCUCAAGUUGUUCAUUGGACUGUGCCGCAAGGCAUUCCUUUUCAAGAACCAAGGACGCCCGUUCUGUUUCUGGAGACUGGUCUGCGCUGCGGAUCCUCUGUCCAGCCUUGGGUUCAUCUGUACUGACCACGUAUCAUCGUGCCAUUCUCCUCUUCUCUCACUCUAGUUACGCAAGCGCUGCUUGCUGACCCUGCGUGCGAUUCGCAACCAGUGACGGGACAGACGCUCAAGGCCAGGCAGCCCGCCUCCUCGAGUUCUCGUCCAACGCUUGUCAACAAAUCAUCUCCUUCUCUCUGCGCUAACUUGGUAUCCUUGAUGCACCUCGGGUACCUGAAGCCCUUUUCGCGUCCUGUUCUAUCAUGGUAAGCUUGUGAAAAGCCGUCAGUCAUGGGGAGGAACAAGGCCAACAGUGCGCUGGUUGUUGCCGCGAACGGCCGCUCUGUCAAGGAGAAGCACCAUCGCGCUGCACGAGACAAUGUUGCCGUCCCUCGCAAUCUGGUCGCCAUACCGGAGAAGAAUAUCAAGUCGAAGCAUCAGUCUUAUUUCCAAUUCUUCGAGAAUAAAGACCGCAAGGAGAAGAAGCUCGAGUUCCAGCAGCAGGUCACCACCGAUACUACCCCGCCUCCUGGGUUCGAGUUCGUGCCGAGCGGGAACCCUGAACUUACCCAGGCAUGCAAAGAGCUGUCACGGGAGCAAGAUGCCAUGAUCUUCAUUGUCUCGGCGGCAAAAGAUGCACAUAACAAUGACGAGGACGACGUCAAAAAAUUAGCCUUACAAGUUCACCGCAUGGGUCAUCACAUACGACGGACUAUUGUCGAGCAAGCCAAGGCCCAGGUUGGUCGGGAUGUCGUCUCAUCAACGGGUGACAACUGGCAACUACCUGAUACACAGGAGGAAAUCAACAGGCAGGCUGAAGCCGCCAUGAGAGAUCUAUUCCCCCGAAUACCGAACUUCGACAAGCAGAUGAUCAUCGAGCACUCCUUCAGAAAGGGCAAAGAUUAUGGGAAACCCAAAGUCGGCACCUCGGAUCUCCCGUUGCAUCGACGUGUGCAGCUCGCUGUCCUCGCGCAUAUCCGACAUACCCACACGCGCUACGAUGAACUCCUCAAGGAGGCCGAUUGGCACAUAGCGAGAAAAGUCGUGGAAAGGACGUGCCUGGAUAUUCUCGUCAAGUGGCGAGGAGAUGAAGAGACAGGCCGCGAUCAACUGGAUGACAUUCUCCGAGAAGUGGUUGUCAUAUCAGACAACUCUGACGAUUCUGAUGACUCUGAUGAUGACGAACAGGAGUCUAGUGAUGAUGACUCUGUGCAAGAAGCAGUUGCAAGUAGCGCGAUGCUGCAGCACGAACAGAAUAGUCAGCGUAAGACCAAGGCGCUCCGCAGACGGAUAUCGAAGCAAUCCCGGGCCGGCACAGCGCACUCGACGCAGCAGAAAGUGUCCAAGAGGAACAAACGGCCUCCAGCCAACAUGCUACGCAGCGGCCUUCCGUUGAGAUCAUGUCACCAGUGCGCAGAGUUGAGCCAGCAUGGGAAAACCGGACUUAUCUCUCUUCACAGCCACUCCGCGGCGAAGGCCAGCCACACGGUUACCGUUCUGGCCAAGAGGAAUCGCCAACCAGUAAUUAUCCGAAGGAGGAUACUCUCGUAUCUGGUCCCAAUCGCCCUCGUUUAG